CUUCCCGGUAGAUCUCUCGCUUUUUCUCUCUCUCGGCUUUUCUUCCUCCUUCUUUGGUAGCAGUAGCUAGCUGACGCUCACCAACCCAACAGUCAAAUGUAUUACACCCAGAACACAUGUAUAAAAAGUUCUGCAUCCCACACCAACCGAAAGCUAAAGAAGAAAGCUUCAGAUGCUUCCUUUCUCCUCCCCUCUUUUCCUUUAUGCAUCUACUAACUGGCAUUGUUUAUCCUUUAGCUGAGCAGCAGUGAGUGAGGUCUUGUGCCAUCCUCUCCUUGUGAAAGAGUGAAGCAUUAGAGAGGGAAGGGUACGGUUCAAGGUUAGAGCAUGCUUUCCUUUACUGUGUCAACUGCACUGAGUUCGGGUUGUAUGGGGGAGUCGAAGAUUUCUCGGUUGGAGUUUUGAGGACUCCUGCGCUGCUUGGUGUGUAACCAAAUGGAAGGACUUCUGGUGCAUUUCUUCGUGCUUUCUCUAUUGAGUCUUUUGUUAGGAGGCCUAUGCCAAGAGGAUGCUGCUGUGUACAUUGUGACCAUGAAGCAGCCCCCUGCAGUCCAUUACAUUGAUGAGCUGAAGACGUUUGCAAGCAGUGGGGUCAGUUAUGGGGGCUCUCAGACCUUCAAUAUCCUCAAUAAAACAAGGAAUUAUUCAAGGACAAAUACAAAUUACAGCUCAUAUCUGAUUCGCCUUCAGAAUUCUCUGUUGAGAAGGGCAUUUAGGGGGGAAAGAUAUCUCAAACUCUAUAGUUAUCAUUACUUAAUCAAUGGCUUUUCUGUUCUUAUAACUUCUCAACAGGCAGAAAAACUUUCAAGGAGGCAUGAAGUAGCAAAUGUAUUGUUAGAUUUUUCAGUUAGAACUGCAACCACCCACACUCCAGAAUUUUUAGGUCUGCCUCAAGGAGCAUGGGUUCAAGAAGGAGGGCCUGAAGUCGCUGGAGAAGGAAUUGUUAUUGGGUUCAUUGAUACAGGGAUAGAUCCAACUCACCCCAGCUUCUCUGAUUAUCUAUCUGUCAAUCGUUACCCAAUUCCACAUCAUUUUUCUGGCAUUUGUGAAGUCACAAAAGAUUUUCCAGCUGGAUCAUGUAACAGAAAACUAGUCGGAGCUCGACAUUUUGCUGCUUCUGCAAUAACCAGGGGGAUUUUCAAUGCUACCCUGGACCAUGCUUCACCAUUGGAUGGUGAUGGACAUGGAACGCACACAGCAUCCAUUGCAGCUGGUAACCAUGGGAUUCCUGUUGUUGUGUCUGGACAUCAUUUUGGAAAUGCAAGUGGCAUGGCCCCUCGUGCGCAUAUUGCAGUGUAUAAAGCUUUGUACAAAAGUUUUGGAGGCUUUGCAGCUGAUGUUGUCGCUGCUAUAGACCAGGCAGCUCAAGAUGGUGUUGACAUCAUAAGUUUAUCCAUCACUCCCAACAGGCGCCCUCUUGGUGUAGCAACCUUUUUCAAUCCCAUAGAUAUGUCGUUGCUGAAUGCUGUAAAAGCUGGAAUAUUUGUUGUUCAAGCUGCAGGCAAUACUGGACCUUCACCGAAGAGCGUGUCUUCCUUUAGCCCUUGGAUAUUUACCGUUGGUGCAUCUGCUCAUGAUAGAAUCUACAGUAACCAUCUUGUACUUGGGAACAACCUGAAAAUUUCAGGAGUAGGACUUGCACCUGGAACAGAUGGUGACUUAAUGUAUCCUCUCAUUGCUGCUACUCAUGCCUUGACAAAUGAGACAACAGAUGCAAAUGAUAUGUAUUUGGCAGAAUGCCAGGAUUCAAGUCUUCUAAACAAAGAUUUAACUAAAGGAAAACUUUUGGUUUGCAGUUAUUCCAUCCGAUUUGUGCUGGGCUUGUCCUCUAUCAAGCAAGCAUUACAGUCAGCAAAGAAUGUGAGUGCAGUUGGAGUUAUAUUUUACAUGGAUCCAUUUGUUAUUGGGUUCCAGCUCAACCCAACUCCUAUGCAUAUGCCUGGUCUUAUAAUUCCUUCACCUGAUGAUUCCAAGAUAUUCCUAAAAUAUUACAACAGCUCCUUAAUGAGAGACAAAGACUCAAAAACCAUUAUCAAGUUUCGUGGUGUUGCAAAAAUAUUAGGAGGUCUUAAAGCUAACUACAGCAUCUCUGCCCCAAAAGUAAUGUAUUAUUCAGCUAGAGGACCGGACCCAGAAGACAAUUCAUUGGUUGAUGCUGACAUACUGAAACCCAAUCUAAUCGCUCCUGGCAAUUUCAUCUGGAGUGCUUGGAGUUCCCUGGGCACAGAUUCUGCUGAAUUUGAAGGUGAGAAAUUUGCAAUGAUAUCUGGGACAAGUAUGGCGGCUCCACAUGUUGCUGGGCUUGCUGCUCUGAUCAAGCAGAAAUAUCCAAAUUUUAGUCCUUCAGCCAUUGGUUCUGCUCUAUCCACAACCGCCACAGUCUAUGGCAAGCAGGGUUCACCGAUCAUGGCCCAACGAGCUUACAGCAAUCCAGAUUCCAACAUGUCACCUGCAACACCAUUUGACAUGGGCAGUGGCUUUGUCAACGCAACUGCUGCUUUAAAUCCAGGACUAAUUCUCGAUUCAGGCUACGACAACUUCCUCUCCUUUCUUUGUGGCAUCAAUGGAUCUGCUCCAGUAGUACUGAACUACACUGGCCACAACUGUAAGAUCUCCACAAUGAUGGGCUCAGACCUGAAUUUACCUUCGGUAACCAUAUCAUUGCUCAAUCAAUCAAGAAUCAUCAUGAGAAGAGUUACCAACAUUGCAAACGAUGAGCAUUACAGUGUCAGCUGGAGUGCUCCUUAUGGAGUCUCAGUUUCUGUAUCACCAACACGGUUUUUUAUAGCGAGCGGCCAGCAACAAAACCUAACUAUUGUCCUGGGUUCAACCAUGAACAGCACCUCUGCCAGCUUUGGGGGGAUUGGCCUUUAUGGAAACCUAGGCCACAAGUUGUUCAUUCCCUUGUCUGUCAUCUCGAAGACCAAGCAUAAAUCCACCUUAACCAGAAAGAGGUGCUGACUUUUUCCUUCACUUUGCCGCUUACGUCGACCUCAUUCUUUAUUCAAUUUGUAUACAUUUUGAAACAUCUGGAUGUAAUCAGAGGAAUGAGUGACAAAUAAUGUUAAAAACA